UACGUUCCCAUCGGCGUCUGGGUUUGAGGUGACAAAGCUUCGGACUCUCGGCAUCUGUGGCAUAGUCUGUGAGCCCCGGUCUGGCUCACAAAUCUUUCCUAUUGAUUCAUAUUUGUCGGUACGUUUUGAUUAUAAUUAAAAUUAACCUUCGCUUCUUGAAGCAAACGAGGGACGAUAACUAGGAGAGCCUCUUCAACAAGAAGAACAUCGGCAAUCAUUUUUCAGGAGGAAAAAUAAUCGACGAUUCAGGAUGACACCCGAGGGAUACACAAGGGUGUACGUAGGUGGUCUCAACGAGACUAUAAAGAAGGAGGAUCUACAAAUGGAAUUCGAGAAAUUCGGAAAACUCAACAAAGUGUGGGUGGCAUUCAAUCCACCGGGUUUUGCAUUCAUCGAAUUUUUAUCUCUGGAUGAGGCUGAAUUAGCCUGUAACAAUAUGAAUGGUACAGAGAUAAUGGGUGCCAAAUUGAGGGUUGAGAUAUCGAGGGGACGCGGCAGAGGUGGUAGCCGAAGUGGUGGAAGUGGUUUUAGGGGCGGUAGUAGGGGUGGUAGCAGGGGUUUUGGACGUGGAGGUGGUGGUUAUCGUGGUAGCGGUGGAUACGGUGAUCAAGGGGGCGGUUAUCAGAGUGGUGGACGCGGUGGUAGAGGCAGGGGACGCUACGGUGAUAGCUAUUCAUCGGGGAGAAGCUCAAGUGGUUACGUAUCGCGUGAUUCCUAUGGACAGGAUGGUUAUGGCUCGUCAUCUGGUAAUUCUGGAUCAAACUACUACUCUGGAAAGGAUUCGGGGACAUCGAGAUACCGAAGUCGUUCACCGGCCGGACGUGGCAGUCAUCGUCAUCUUCGUGAAUGCACAUAAAGAAACUUCGCUACGUUGCCAAUCAGAAUCUGCGGGACAAUUCAGCUAUUUCCGCCUCAUCGAACUACGUACUCUGUCCAAUCUACGCAUCGACGUGUACAUAACAAGAAAUUUUACUGUAAAACAAGAAAACAUGAUAAUUGAAAAAAAUAACCAUUACCGAAACAACAAUUGUGCUAUGAAUUUAUGUUUCGUUUAUAAUAGUUUAUUUUCCAUGAACCGGUUUCUCAAAUUCAUGGUCUCCAACUUUUCAUCAAUUGUCACAUUUUAUAUUUGUUUUUUUUUUCGGAUUCUAUUUAGUGAGAUUUGUUUUCAAGUAUAUCGGGAAUGCGAAGAUUAUUCUGAUGAGUCAAUCGCGAAGUUAAGACUGAUAAUGAGUAAAGCGGUCGCGAUUAUUUGUAGUUACGCGUAAUUUCAAUGAUAAUAUGGUAAUAAUAAAUCAGUAGGGGAGUAGGGUAAUGCAACAGAACGAGUUGAUUUCCAUAUUUUCUUUGAUGUUUAUUUAUAUCUGAUGACUGAUCAAGGAAACAUUUCAAUAAUUUUUUUAUUACGAGAGGGAAAGCCUUUCCUUAAAAAAUAUCUUUUACUUUUUCUUCUUAUCACCCAUUGUUACAAUGAAUUCACAAGGAUUUACACACAAUGGAAUAAAAUUUGCAUCUGGAAAGCAUUCGUUGACGUGAAAAAAAAUUUCGAAAUUUCCCAGGAAACUUAAAAAAUCUUCAUAUGAUAAUUACUCACUGGAUGCUUGUGAUCGAGUUAGUCAACAUCAGUAGAUGUCGAAUAAAAUUUAAGGAAUCAACUGUUUAUGUUAUGAAUACCUCUCCGCUACUGAAAUGACACAUCUUCCUCUUGCGCUAAAUCGUUAAUGGACAAUUUUAUUUUAGAUUUUAUAUGACAUGUACGUCGUUCCAUCUUCUUGUUUUACUCGGAUCCAUCAAAAUAUAAAAUUUGGAAUUAUAAAAAUUCCAAUUUAUUAUAGAGCCACAAAACGUAGAACAGAAAGAUAAAAUUUGUUGUUAUGCAAAAAAUCUGAUAAUUGUUGCUAAGAGCAACAGUAGUUCUCGGGAAAAAAAAUUAAUUAUGGACAUGAAUUAUUUGGUGGCUGAUUAUAAUUGAAUUAAGGGCAGAGAAUAAGCAAUCUGCAAUGUUUGAACAUUCAAUGUAAAAUGAUAAUUUGGUAUUUGGAACAUAAUUAAAUAAUUUACGAUUAUUAUUACCGUA